GUGACGCGGCAAAAAAAGGCUCGACUUCCGGCCCGCGUCUCCCAGCAACCGUGCGGCCUGGUUCCCCGCCCCGCAGCCUCGGACUCUGCUGCCGGCUCUUCCCGGAGGAUGCGUCCCGACAGCAUCGCCGUCAAGUUGGCGGAGCGGCCGCGGGCCCCCAGGGUGGUGCUGCCGUUGCCCGACGAGCCGCAGCCCGGGCCCGGCGGCGGGCUCCGCAUCGCCGCCCUCAAGGAGCUGAUCGCGGAGAGGCUGCCCGGAGCGGCGCCCGCCCCCGAGCUCAUCGAACUGGUGUAUUGCGGGCGGAAACUGAAAGAUGAGCAGACGCUGGAUUUCUAUGGGAUUCAAGGAGGCUCCACAAUCCAUGUUCUGAAGAAGUCCUGGCCGGAGCCAGAGCAGAAACCAGAACCUGUGGACCAGGCAGCAGCUGCACGGGAGUUCCGGGUACUCCAGGCAGCACUUCACGCCAGUCCUGCCUACAGGGAAGCGGUUUUCAAGAUGCUGGGUAACAAGGAAUCAUUGGACCAGAUUAUUGUUGCUACUCCAGGUCUCAGCAAUGACCCCAUUGCUUUAGGUGUACUUCAAGACAAAGAUUUAUUUGUGCUCUUCACUGACCCAAGCCUGCUGGACACGUUAAUUUCCUCACACCCUGCACUGGUCAAUGCAAUGGUGCUGGUUCUACACUCUGUGACUGGCACCACCCCUCCUCCAACUGCUGGCAGCAACUCAAGAAAUAUUCAGUCUACUUCGUACAGCGAGGUGCCAGGGGGAUUCCUCUUUGAUGGGCUGUCUGACGAUGAGGAUGAGUUUCAGCAGUCGCGGGCCACUGCUUCCUCAAGCAAUGCCUCUGGCUCCCGCCCUGCUACGUUGGGCUACAGCGGUUCCGUGGGGCCUCGACCCAUUACCCAGAGUGAGCUGGCAACUGCGCUGGCCCUAGCCAGUACACCAGAGAGCAGUGCAGUCACCCCAACGACAGGGACACAGGGCACAUCGUCGAGUCUGUCUCCAGUGAUGAAUUCGGGUGUGCCAUCAGCUGCACCCAUCAGUCAUGACAUAUUCAGUCAGGCCCUGCAGCAGGCUCUGCAAGCCUCCAACAUCUCAGCACUUCAGAACCAGUGGCAGCCCCAACUUCAGCAGCUGAGAGACAUGGGGAUCCAGGAUAAUGAGCUGAGCCUUCGAGCAUUGCAGGCAACUGGAGGGGACAUCCAGGCUGCGCUGGAACUCAUUUUCGCUGGAGGAGCCCCUUAGCUUGGUUGGCCUGAGCCUGUGCAGCUGCCACUAGAAGCAAGGAGCAGAGGGUGCAUGGCAGAGUGCUUAAUUCCACAGACCGGUGUGUGUUAAAAGGAAAUGUAAUUAUAGGGUGGCAUUGGUAAGUACAUGGCCCCAUGAGAGUCCUGGAUCUCUUUAUCCAAAGGAAAGGAUUGAGAGAACUGGUUCAAUUAAAAAAAACAUUUCCUGUUGAUUUUAAAAAGUGUGGGAGUUGUCUGCUGCUGUCACAGAUCAUAGUUUAUCUGUAUUGGAGACACUGCCAUAGUUAACUUCCUGGCCUGAUUGUCACAAGUUUUUAGAUGGGUUGGAACCUGCUAUUCUUUUGGCUUUACUUAACAAGCACAAAUUGUGCCACACAUCAGGUUUUAAAUGUUUUGAUCGCUGUUAUAUGCCCUACUUAUUGAGUGCCAUUCCCAGUUUGGGGAGCUUGUUCACACCUCUGUAGUUGGACAUAAUUUAAACUCUCAAUUCUAUUCCUCCCUUCAAAAACAACAAUGGAAAUUUGAGUCAGCACUCAAAAUUCCUAGAAACCUCCUUACUAAAAUGCAUAGAUUUUAGACUACAGUGCUGAGUAUUUCUAACUUGAGAGUUUACUUUCAGAGCUGCCUUUUUAUGUUGUGGUGUAUACUGUCAAUGAAGAUGUGCAUCAGUUAUUUUUCAUCAAAUUACUGAACAUUACUGUGUGUUACAGUUUGGUCCAUGUUGGACAAGUUGCAUGGUUUUGGAAAAUGCAGUGACUUUCUUCUUAUGACAGCGUAAGCUUCUGAAGGACAAAUCUGGCCUUUGCCAACUUGACAUUUACUAAUAUGUUGCCAGCUGAGGAAUGAUCCCUAACAACUAACUUUUCUGGCAGCUACCCAACCAUCGCUUCCCUGUGGAAGCUGGUGUGGUGCUGUGCUGUGUUGCAUGGCACUUUAGUUGGAUGCCUUGGAUGCUUUUGCCUCUCUGCAUAUGACAAUUAGUCAUUAGGGGUCUUGGAGAAUUGUAAUGUCUAAGAUUCCCAAAUAAUCAAUGAAGAUAAUUGGUUUGAGAACAAUGGAACUCUUGUGUGUUAUAAAAAUUUUAAAUGCAUCAAACAUUAAAGAUUCCUUUGAUCACU